AUGGUUGCCUUCGGCAAGAAGUUGAGAGAAUCACAAAUUCAAGAAUGGAAAGGAUAUUACAUCAACUACAAGUUAAUGAAGAAGAAAGUGAAGAGAUACAUAGAACAAAUGGAGGUUGGAGCUCAAAAUCGCCAUAAUGUUCUCAGAGACUUCUCAUUGCUGCUAGACAAACAGAUAGAAAAAAUUGUUUUAUUUCUGCUUGAACAACAAGGAGUAAUUGCACAUAGGCUGUCAGAUAUUGGACAAGAGCACCAUAGUCUUUUACAGCAGCCAAAUAUCUUAAACAUAUCUGAACUCCGAGAAGCAUAUAGAAACGUUGGAAGAGAUCUUUUAAAGCUUCUUAAGUUUGUGGAAAUAAAUGCUAUUGGCCUGAGAAAGAUCUUGAAGAAGUUUGAUAAGCAGCUUGGCUAUAAAUUCACAGACUAUUAUGUCAAGACACGUGCAAAUCAUCCUUAUUCCCAGUUAAGGCAGGUCUUCAGGCAUGUGGGCAUUGGGGCUGUUGUUGGGGUCUUAUCUAAUACUUUUGCAGACCUUUGGGAUUUAGAACAGUGUCAAGGAAGCUACAUUUCUAUAUAUGACCAGCCUUCUUAUGCUCAUCGGGAUCCUGUUCUUGAUUCUAUCAAAGUAGCUGUAGACAGAUUAUCAAACUCAACAAAUGUCCUUCAGUUUUUGGGAAGACAUGCUUUUAUCAUUGAAGAGGAGCUACCACCUCCAUCUGAAGAUCAAUUUGUUGAUGAAAGAUAUCAUUUUAUGUCACUUCUUUUGAACUUGGCAAGCACAUUUUUGUAUAUGGUCAACACAUAUAUUGUUGUACCUACGGCAGACAACUACUCUUUGAACCUUGGAGCUGCAGCAAGUGUGUGUGGUGUGGUCAUUGGUUCAAUGGCUGUUGCACAGGUGUUUUCUUCAGUUUAUUUCAGUGCAUGGUCAAACAGAUCAUAUCUGAGACCACUCAUACUCAGUAGCAUUGUUCUUCUAGUUGGAAACACAUUGUAUGCGUUGGCUUAUGAUCUGAAUUCAAUAGUAGUUCUUCUGGUGGGACGUCUUUUCUGUGGGUUAGGAUCUGCAAGGGCCGUUAAUAGGCGUUAUAUCAGUGACUGUGUACCAGUGAAACUUCGGAUGCAGGCUUCAGCAGGUUUUGUUAGUGCAAGUGCUUUGGGAAUGGCUUGUGGUCCAGCUCUUGCUUGUUUAUUACAGACUAAUUUUAAGAUUUACAAGUUCACCAUGAACGAAGAGACUCUACCUGGCUGGGUAAUGGCUCUUGCAUGGCUUGUCUAUCUACUUUGGUUGUGGUUUUGUUUCAAGGAACCCCCUCCUCAUAAGAGUGAAGGAAAGCCAUAUCAAGUAGAUGCUGGUAUGUCAGAGACAUUUCUUGUAUUCUUUUUGUUAUAUGGAACAGUACAUGUUGUAGUAGAGAAUGGACAUACACAACCAUUACUAAUGAAUUCAGAAGCAAAGGAGCAGGAUGAAGAUGGAGAAGAAAAUGAUGAUUCUGAAGAAGGUUCUGAAGAAACUCAGAAACCUGUUACUUCUAUUGUGAUGGCAUAUAAGUUACUCACACCAUCAGUAAAGGUUCAAUUAUUUGUGUAUUUUAUGCUCAAGUAUGCAAUGGAGAUCAUACUCGCUGAAUCAAGCCUUAUCACCGAAUACUAUUUUAAUUGGUCAACCAGCAAUGUAGCCAUUUUUCUUGCAUGCCUUGGUCUUACUGUGCUUCCUGUAAAUAUUGUUGUUGGAAACUACAUCAGCAAUAUGUUUGAAGAAAGGCAAGUUCUACUUACAUCAGAAAUCAUGGUUUGCAUUGGACUACUCCUAAGUUUCAAUAUAUUGAUCCCUUAUUCAGUGGCUCAAUAUGUUGGAUCAGCCCUUAUCACAUUUGUGUCUGCAGAAGUUCUUGAAGGAGUGAACCUUUCACUUCUAUCAAGAAUGAUGUCAUCAAGGCUUUCACGUGGAACCUUUAAUGGAGGAUUGCUAUCAACAGAAGCUGGAACUUUAGCUCGAGUAAUUGCAGAUGCAACAAUAACGAUCUCCGGGUAUUUGAGUGAAAGUAAACUCCUCAACACCACCUUAAUCCCUGCACUCCUCAUCUGCAUCUCAUCCAUUGUUACCACCUGCUAUACCUUCAACUCUCUCUACUAGUUCAAUAGUAGAUGGUCUUUCCAUACAAAUAUGAAAUUGUAUAUAUUGAUAGUGUAAACUUCUCACUUAUCACUUAUCAUGUUAAAAAUGUUGUUUU